ACAAUUUGUUUUUGUAAAAAGUUUCAGGCUUUUUUGUUUUUAACUUUUUUUUUUCGUAUCCGAGAUGGGGAUUCUUGGGUCAUACUAUAGAGUGAUUGCAUGCCUAAGCCAUUAAUGAAAACAUUUGGUCAACUGUUACAUUAAAGAAAAAAAAUUCAAAAGGAAAUUUGGCAGAUAUGAAUUGCCAGGAUGUAACUUGUUGGCACUGGAAAAGUUAGAACUGGAGAGGAUAUGUGUUUGGAUUGGACAAGUUUUGGGUUCUAUCCUUUUGGGACCUACAAAGUCCACAUCUUCUUUGUUUUAGUUUUUUGGGGUUUUGUACCGCUUUUUGGGUGAGAUCCUCUCUUGUGGAAUUCAAGGUUCAAGUUCGGUUUUUUCGAGGUGGGUUGAUUGUGGGUAUUUGCAAAGUUAAUACCAUCUUGGUUUGAUUUUGUGAGGAGGAGAAUUACUUUUUUGAGGUGGGUUGAUCUUCAUUAGCUGCUACUUUUGCAAUCUGGAAUGGGGUGAAUUUCUUCAGGAAGUAAUUGAUUUUGCUAUCUGAGUAUGCAAGUCUUCCCUAUUGAUUAUUCUUGCUGAAGUACUGUUUCCUUGAGGAGGAAUUGCAAUUGACAUUUGGCUUGGCAUUUCUUUUAUGGCGAAGUUUGCCUCAAAAGGAGGCUAAUUAGAUCUUAUUGUGAUUUGGGGAAAGAAUGUUUUUGUAAGUGGAAUUUGUGGUGAAGAAAAAGAAAAAGAUGAUGAGAGGACUAAAAGAUGAGGAAAAAGUGAUAAGUCCUAUGUUUCCUAGGCUUCAUGUGAACGAUACGGAGAAAAGAGGGCCAAGGGCACCUCCAAGGAACAAGAUGGCUCUAUAUGAACAGCUCAGUAUUCCUUCUCAAAGGUUUAGCUCUGGAUCAUCACCUAUGUUGCCUCUUCCACCUAACAGUGGACGUAGCUCGGUUCCUUCAAUGUCCUCAAGCCAUGGUGGUGGCUAUGAAAGAAGUGUUUUUACCCCAUUCUGCAACUCCCCUGCACCUUCACAUUCUGAGAAGCCUUUUUCUCAAUCCUUUAGUGGAGUUAAGCCAAGUAGUAAAAUGGAAAGCCAAGUACGGAAAUCCAUGAGUUCCAGAAAUGAUCAAAGUUUGAAUAUCACACAGCAAUUGUCAUCGAGUGCUAAAUGCAAUUCAUUUCAUUCAUAUAAUUUCUCCAACUUCAAAAGUUUCUCAUUGAAAAAGCUUGGAGACGAAAGUGAUUUUAGAGUUCCUAGCUCUGCCCAGUCAGGAGCAGUUUUACAUUGUAGCAGCAGUCAACAAAGUAAAGAUCAAGAAAAUCGGCCUUGCUGGAACUUGAGCUUCUCAAUGCACUUUCAAAAUGUUUCUGAAAAGCAGAAGAAAGGAGCAGGCUCCAUAAAUCAAAAGGCAAGAGAGUCUAUGCGGAACCAAAAUGAAGAGAACACAAAUAUGUCUGAGGCUUGUCAGGAUCCUAUGGAAAGAUCUGCUUCAGUCCCAUCAAUUCUGGAUAAACCUUCAGCAGAUGUAUCUUCAAGUCCAUCAGGCAAAGUUAAGAGCUCUGAAUCAUUGAAGCGAGCACAUCCUUUGUCAAAUCAGGAACACAGAAGCAGUUCAUUGGUUGUCUUGAAAAGCUUACAUGGUAAAAGUGAACUGUUAAAUCAAAAUUUUGUGGUGAUGCAAGCCGAAAAAAACUAUAAAGAUAACUUCUUGAUGGAAUCUGCUGGGGUCAUAGGUAAGGAAAAUGCUUCCAAGGUGAGAAGUGAAACAUGUCCUAGGUUAUCACUUGGCAAUGAUAUCAGAAGUCAUAAUGGGAUUGAGAAUGGCAGAAAAAAUCUUGAAGACAAGCAACAAGUGUCUUUACAAGUGGGAAAUGUUGAACAGCAUGAUGAUGUCUUAGAAACUACCAUGGUAGAUUCUCUAUCUGCUUUGGAUAUAAAUCCUGAUGAACUUGUAAGAGUAAUAGGUGAGAAACAAUUUUGGAAAGCAAGAAGAACUAUUGUCAAUCAACAAAGAGUAUUCACAGUACAAGUAUUUGAGUUGCAUAGGAUCAUGAAGGUACAAAAGUUGAUUGCUGGAUCACCAGAACUAUUUCUUGAAGAAAAUAUUUAUCUAGGAAAAGCUCCAUCAAAGUCGCCUUUGGGGAAGAAGUUUCCGUCUGAGAAUGCUAUUGAGCAGCCAUCAUUGAUUGUUAAACCAAAAGAUAGUUCUCAUAAGCAAUAUGCUGCUGCUGAAUUUGCUGAUGAGAAUGUUGUUGGGAAGCUUCCCCUUCCUUCUGUCAAUAAUGAAACUGGUAAAGGACUUCUUACCCACCAAUCAAAUUAUGCGUCUUAUUCGGAAGGUGCACUGCCGGCUCCUGUAGCAACCAAUACCAGACCAUCUCCAUGGUGUUUCCUACCACCUGGAAAUCAGUGGUUAGUUCCAGUCAUGUCCCCUUCUGAGGGUCUUGUAUACAAGCCCUACACAGGACCAUGCCCUCCAACUGCUGGAUUUAGGGGCCCUGUUUACGGCAACUGUGGUCCUAUGAGUUUAACAGCAGGGAACGGAGACUUCUUGAAUGCAGCUUAUGGUGUUCCAGCUUCUCACCAACAAGGCAUUGGAAUUCUUGCCAGCACCCCUCAUUUGGGACAGACAUACUUUCCACCUUAUGGCAUGCCAGUCAUGACUCCAUCCAUUUCAGGAUCAGCAGUUGAGCAGGUAAGCCCAUUCACUGGACCCCAAUCAAAGGAUAAUCAGCCAUCAGUUGGAGACAUUAACUUCAAUUUUCCCCACCAGAGCUCAUGUAACAUGUCAAGCCAGAUGAGUCGUGUGAUCUCACAUAUUGGGAAAUUUCGAGCAUCAAAGGAAAGUGAGUUACAGGGAAGCACAGCAAGUGGUCCCUCAGAGAGGCCUAAAGGAGAUGCACUUCCUCUUUUUCCUACAGAACCAACAGCUCAGGCUUCAGAUCAAAAUGCUCAAACUAUUGAGCCACGGACAAGUGUGGUAAGGGUUGUGCCUCACAAUCCUAGAUCGGCAACUGAAUCAGCAGCCCGGAUUUUGCGGUCCAUACAAGAAGAAAGAAAACAGUAUGAUUAGUUUAUGGAAAUUGUAUCCAGUGCAGUUGGAAGUGAUAAUGUUCUUAGUAGUCUCAUCAAAUAUACUUCUGUGUCUGUAAUUGCAUUAUACAUAAUAAUAGCAUGUAAAUACAUUUUGUUUAGUGAGAAUAGAUCAGUCCAUACUCCAGGAAGGUUGCCUUACAUCAGUUGCAUCCUUUGCCAUCCAAGAUUCAAGCACCUCAUGUAUACCCCAGUCCUGUAAUGUGAAUUCCAGUGCCUUACUGAAAAAGAAAUACUACAGUUGCACCUUA